GACCGAUCCACCACCACCACCACCACCACCACCACCACCAAUACUACUACAAUUACAAUUCACAAAUGCUGCUCUCUGCCGUCACUCCUCCUCUCUCUUCCAGUCCCACCACCAACUGUAACAACUCCAACUACCUCCUCUUCUGCUCCGCCACCGCCACCAGAGCCGCCGCCACCACUUCAGCCUACAGGCACCCGCCGGUCUCGCUCCUCACCGCCAACGCCUCCUCCUCCUCGUCGCUCGCGAACCCUAGCCCUCUUCGCCACGUGUGCGUCGAUGAGUCCGAGUCAGGAGGACAAGACGGCGCCCUGGCGUCCUCGACCUCCGCCGUCGCGUCCGCGAUUCGGAGGGCCUCGACCUCUCCUGUCGAGUUUGCGCAGAGGAUCGAGAGUGAUGGAAAGCACAAGGGCCUCAUCCUGCCCAGUCCUGACUUCCAGAGGCUUUGUCUCGAGCAGUUGGAUCUCUUUCGUCGGAUUGUUCACCCCGAUGCUCUUCUCUCGGUCUUUGUAAGACCAGCUGGAAGUUAUGUUAUGGACCGAUUGGAGCUGCGUCAAGUUGCAGUGUGCCCAGGAGUUGAUGCAGCUGAUAUUGUGAUAUUAAUUGGUAAUUUUAGUAUUCCAACAGGGUUGAGAGCAGCAGAAGCUGCCAUCUCAAAUUGGGAGGCAGAAUUUAUUCCUGAGUGCAGAGCUGUGGUUUUUCCCAUGGUUAAGCAUCCAUUUGUGGUGGGCUUUUUGGUUGCUGAAUUUCCAGAUGUGAAACUAGCAAGGGAAGGGCAUGAUAUGACACAUUGCCCAUUGCCUGAGGAAUCUUUUGCUUCGUAUAAGGACACGACAUCAUGGGAAAUUCAAGCUCCUAUUGACAAUCAAUUGGAAAUGUACAAGUUCACUGCCGAGCAGAGAUUAAAUGCUACUAACAUAUCUCGCUCACUUGCAAUGGCAUAUAUUAUGGAUCAGAAAGCCUUGUUGCUUCAGCAGUCAUCAUGGCAGAACAAUAUUAGAAUGAGUAGUUUGGUUGAGCAAAUACGUGGUCCUCUAUCUAGCAUUCGAACUUUGAGCAAAAUGUUAUCUCUUCAUGUAAAGAGGAGUGAGAUAUCUUAUGAUAUUGUUGAAGAUAUUUUAGUGCAAGGUGAUUGUAUGAGAGACACCCUUCAACAGCUCCAGGAUGCUGUUUACCUGACUAAGGCUAAUAUAGUGCAGUAUAAUGAAGACACAUUACAAAAAAUGCAGCACUCAUCUUAUGCACAUCCUGGGUCAACUAGGUCUCAGUUGUCCACCAGCAUUACUGGGCAAGAAGAUGGGUCAUCAUCCUGUACUUCUACAUUAAAGGAUUUAGAAAUACCCAUGCCACCACUUGCUCUUGCUCCACUACAACAACAGGGCAUCCGAAGACCGUGCAAUGUUUCUGAUGUACUGGCUGAUUUGGUUGGUGCUGUAGAACCUCUGGCUUGUAAGCAGCAACGAUUUGUUGAACUAGGUGAACUUUCACAAUCAUUGCCAGUUGCAGUAGAAGAACCAGCUCUGCGUCAGGCCUUGAGCAAUCUGAUUGAGGGGGCUCUGUUGCGCACACGCAUUGGUGGAAAGGUUGAAAUUGUGUCUACUGGAGCACCAGCAGGCGGUGCUCUAGUCAUGAUUGAUGAUGAUGGCCCGGAUAUGCACUACAUGACCCAGAUGCAUUCGCUGACACCAUUUGGAGCGGGUCUAUUUUCCCAAGAAAUGGUUGAAGAUAACAUGACAUGGAACUUUGUGGCCGGGCUGACUGUUGCCCGAGAGAUACUGGAAAGUUAUGGAUGUGUUGUCCGUGUCAUAUCUCCCCGGAGAACAGAUGCCGCCCUAGGAGCCGGUGGAACCCGUGUAGAACUCUGGCUUCCCUCUUUUUCCACAGCAUCCGAUCUAGACGGCUCUCGUCUGGAGCCAACGGAAGCAAGUUGAACUCCAUUAUUAAUGAGCAGUUCGGUGAUCUUGUUCCCAAGUUCAAAUGUUACAUGGAAUAUUGCUGGGCCUUGCAAGUUCCUGCUGUCUUAUUGGUUGUGAGUUAUUUAUAUUUUUGGCUUGGCUAUGUAUAGAUCUUGUAAUCCUAACACCUGCCUGUUUAAGCAGAAAUCUGUAAAUAUGAAGGUAGUGUUGUAUCUUAGAUCAUUAAAUAUGGACUCUGGAUACUGUUAUUAGAGUGAUUGGAAGACCUGUUUGUGA